AUGGCCGACGAGAGCGCCACCGCCGCUAGAAGAGUCCGUAGCCACCGCAAUGGUGGUGGUCGUUUCCGCCGCCGCGAAAAGAAAGGAGGAGUAGACUCAAUCAGCUGUCUACCAGAUGUGAUCCUCCAACAUAUCCUCUCCUUUAUUCCGACGAAAUUCGCCAUCAGAACUUCACUCUUGUCAAAACGAUGGAGGCAUGUAUGGUGUGAUACACCUUCUCUCUACUUCGAUAGCUCGAAACUGGAGGCUGCUUGGAUCAACAAAACCCUAGCUCACUACACUGCUCUCAAGAUGAUGCAUUUUCACCUCUAUAGUAGUAGACAAUCGCAUGUUUCCCACAUGGACAAAUGGAUCGAGUUCGUCAUGUCCCGCCACGUGGAGAAUCUGUCUCUGAAAUUAUGGCUUGACGAGUAUACUCUUCCUGAUUUCUUCUACAUUAGUUCCUCUAUCAAGCAACUCACCCUUGAGUAUUGUGAUAUGAUUGAUAGAUGCUCCGUGGCUUGGACAUCUCUCAAGAACCUGUCCUUGCUUAGUUGUAAUCUCUCUGAUGAAUCUAUGGCCAAGAUUCUAUCUGGCUGUCCCAUUCUCGAGAGCUUAACAUUGUCCAAGUGCGAUGGCUUUAGGUUUCUUGAUCUCAGCGAAUCAGUGCGUCUGAAAACAUUAGUAGUAGAUCGCAACCGUUGCGUAAAACAGAUUGUGGCACCACAUAUCCAUUGUCUCAAGUUGAUAAACAGUCAGUUACCAUGUACUGUAACUGAUACCUCGUCUUUAACCGAAGCUCAUCUGGACAUUCCCUUUAACUCGGAUGAAAUAUUUUACAAUAUUGAUCAUGUUUUAGCCAUGGUGCUAAAGAUGAUAGAAGACUUACAGCAUGUAGAGAAGCUUACCUUUGGAGGACACUUUCUUCAGAUUUUAUCUCUUGUUGAACUUUGUGGUGUUCCUUUUCCGAUGCUCAAGGUCAAAGCAUUGACACUUGAGACAAUGAUAUUUCGGUAUGUUAUUCCCGGUAUAAAAAGGGUCUUACAAAACUCACCUGAUUUGAAGAAGCUAACAGUACACACAAGCUAUUGCCACAACAUACCGGGGGAGCAUCUUGACAAGUACUUGAAAGGCUUAAAUCCGGCUAAAUGCUGGAGAUCAAUCGAUGGUGUCCGUUGGAACAAGUCUGGUCGUGAUGUAGAGUCAAAGCACUUGGCUUCAUUUGUGGAACUUGUGCUUAAGAACAGAAAGACGUUAGAGAAGAUGUUCCUACCAUCGGAGGACGUUUGCUUUAAAGAGAUCGUUCCAACACUUUCUCACAACGACAAAGUCUCUAUUGCUUGCCUUCUCACAUUAGUGAGUGGUGAAUUAUCAUGGGGUUUAGUUUCGAGUCUCAUAGGACAUUUUACAUCGAUCCUCAUAUAUAUUCUCAAUGCAGACUUUUCUUUAUCGAAUUAA